AUGGAUGGAGGAGUGGUUUGUCGUGGGAAGAAGAAGAAAAAAUGUGGAUUCAAACUUGAUAGCUCGAUGAAGUUUUGCACUAAUUGUGGAAAAAAAGUUGAUCCCAAAUUGUUUUUGACAAAAAGAAAACAGGCAACAUCACCUGAAAGAAAAAGAAAAUUUCCAAAAGAAAAUAAAAAUGAACAUUCGAAUGUUGUUAGAGAUCAAACUGAUUUAAAGAAUGAAAAUGACUCAAAAUUUGAACUUCCAAGUGAAAAAAUUGAUAGUAAUAAGAAUCAAAAUGUUUCUACAGAUCCAAAUAAUAAUUUGGCAGAUGACUCAGCUAGUAAGAACAUUACUUCCAAGGUUGAGGAGUUUAUAAUUCCUGUAAGCUCUGCAGCUGAUCAAAAUAGGGAAAUUAAUAAUUUAAAAGAAAAUUCUUUCGAAGAUUUAUUUCCUAAUGAUAAUAGACAGACUGACAUUGAUAAGUCAGAUUUGCAAAAAGAGGUUGAAAAAAAAAAUUCAGCUGAUCCAAAUGAUGUUGGAGUUCUGAAAACACCUGCUGAUAUUACUGCAAAUUUAGAUCUAUCCAACUUAUCAACAAAUUCUAACAGAUCGGAAAAUAAAAUAAAUUUCCCAAAAAACGAUAAAAAAAAUUCUAAGAAAUCUUGUUUAGAGGCUGUGGCAACAAAUCUGGAAAUAACAGCUCCUAAGAAAAUCCGAAAUUUUGAUGAAGAACAUCAUGCUAAACUUGAAUCCGUAAAGAUGUUCAAUGAUGAUAUUGCAAUUAUGAGCAGAGAAGCAAUGUUGCCAAAGUACAAAUUAAUUGAUAGGGAAAUGCCAUAUGAAUAUUUCGUGAAAAAGGAUGGAGAAAAAAUAAUGGAACUUUAUCAGAAAAAACAUGGUUUUAAGAAAAGAAUUCUUAAAAUAAAUAAAAACGAUUUAACUUCAGAGUGUGAUCAGUAUGAUUCAAUAAUUUUGAAAGAAAAGAUAAAAAAAGAUUUACCAUGGUAUUCAAAAUUAUAUACAAAAAUCACCAGAUCCAAUGAUUUCUCAAAUGAUGUUGAACUAAGUACCAACAUGUCCUAUCAUUGUCAUUUGCCAAAUUGGCAGGACAUCAAACAUGAAGCAAACACUACUGGUUAUGGAGAACAGUUUUUAAAAACGUUCUCCAAAGUUUAUGCCUGUGCCCUCAAGACUUAUCAAGAACUUGAUAUUAAAGAUUCUUUGAAGCCAUUUUUAAUAGAUUAUGUCUCUGGCUUCAACAACAAUAUUUAUUUGAAAGAUCAACUCCUCGUUAAUGCAUGCUGUGCUGUCUCUGUUUUAAAUACAUGUAAUCUUUAUAAACCGGAAAUUUUGUCCGUCUUGUUCCGAUCCUUGUUAUUAAGUGUUGAUUCAAACAAAGGUACUAGCAAUUAUGAGCUGGUAUGCCUACAUUUUCCAUCCGGCCAUUCAAAAGAACAAUUGAAAUUAAGUCUGGUUGAGAUUAUUAAGAUCAUGAAUCGAUUUAAAAACUAUAAUGAAGAUUGGUUAUGCAUUUUGCCUCUGUUCCACCUACUGAAUGGAGAAGUGAAACCUUUUGAAAUGAAAUUCAAUGAAAACCAUGACGAUCCUAAUUGGUGGGGUAUAGAAAAAUUUCAAAAAUUUAUAGACGAUUUCAAAUUGGAGCAUAGAUCAAAAUUAUCAUGGAAACAGUCUUUGGAACAUUUGCAACCUCUCUUUGAAUUUGACAAGUUGUUGCCUAGAUCAGUUUUGGCAGUUAUGAAUCUUCACCAAGUACCUGAAGUUAUUGAAAUGUUUCCUCUUGAUGGCAGUCUUGCCAAUGUUUAUUACUUCAUUCGUAAGAUAGCAUAUCACAAUUAUACUGAUCAGGAAAUUAUUAUUGAAGCUCUUAAUAACUGCUUAUCUGUUAUAAAGAUGUCAAGGAUGUCAAACACUCUUGAACUCAAUGUGCAAUAUUGGAACUGUUGCUUCAAAUUAAUAAACAAAAUUUAUAAUUACACUCCUGUUGGAAGUAUUCGUUUACUAUCCAUUCAAAUCAUGAUUGCAUUGAAUAACAAACAGUCGUCUGUCGAUACAUCAGAAAAUGCAAAUUUUCAAUCUCUAACGCUUGCCGUCAAUGAUUUUUUAAAAAUAUCUUGUCCAUUUGUUCCUUAUUCUUCAGUUAAUGCACAACAUUUCGAAAUAUUUUCUAGUUUGCUAACGACGCAAUUCAGUCAACAAGAGAGGCAGAAAAUAUGGAGUAGUCAGAUUUAUUUAUUUAUAAAAUCAUACUUAGGAAAGAUGGGGGAUGAUGUCUUUUUCAAUUUUUACUCAACAUGGAAUAUGAGUGAACACUGGCCUAAACUUUGCCCAAUCAUGGAUGAAUGUGCUUUGGAAAAAAUAGAAUAUUAUAUUCAGAAUUAUCCAUUUUUAUUGAGAAAUUUGCUAAAUAAUGGUGAUCCGCAUGACAAGUACAAAAAAAUCAUUGAGACAAUCAUGCAGAAGAAUUGGCCAGUUUGUGAGGCCCCAUACUAUCUUAUGAUGUUUUGUGUGAAAUCUUCCAUAUUUCCAAAAUUUAUCAGCAUUUUUUAUGAGAAAGAAUCAAUUGGUAUCCUUUCAAAUGAAUCACUAGAAAAACUAAUCAAAUGUGUGUCUGUCAUAGAUUCGUUUGCUAAUGAUAUUGAAGAAGGAAAUUUAUCAUUUAGUAAUCUAAGAAAUAUUUUGAUUCAUGAGAGGGCAUUUUUGAACUUGUACCAACUUAUUCACAAAGAAGAGAGUAAUGUUGAUGCACAACCUGCCGAUGGUCAUUCCAAAGCAUUUAAAAAUUUGUAUGUAUCUGAAUUAUUUCAACUAAGAAAAAAAGAGCUAACGUUAUAUGAAAAUCGACUAUCCAAAGUUAAAAAUUUGAUUGAGAUAUGCCAAGGCAUAAAGUCAGAGGCAGUCGAUAAGCUAAAAAAUCAGUUGAGGAUUUUGAAUGAUGAUACAACAAUGUUUAACGAGAUUUUGCUACCACUGACACCUUCCAACGUUUCUUCUGAUCCAAUAUUUAAAAAAUUUAUUUUCAACGACCAAAUUCUUAACAUGAUCGAUACGUAUUCAGUCCAAAAUAAAUGUAGGCUGUUCAAAAGAUUCUGGGAUGAGGAAAUGCUUAAAAUGUCGAAGCGACGUGCGGACGUAGAUCUCGAUGCUCUGGUGUCUGAGGUUCUUCAACCGACGUUGAAUUUUAUUGAUUCGUUGAAACAACUCAUCAGAAGUGAUAAAAUGCUGGUGAAACACGUGCAUCAAUAUUUCGCAUUUAUUAAAGAUGUCAAAAGUUUGGAAGUUGAACUUAAAACUCUCUUCUAUGAUCCAAGUGACGGCAGUUUGGUUGACAAAAGAAUGAAACAAAUUGAGUUGUAUUAUCAGCUGCUGAAUUUCAUAAGAGGAGCUGAAGUUAUGAUUGAUAUUAAGAAUAUGUUCAAAUUGAAAGGAGACUUUACUGAUUUACAAUUUGUCGUUGAACUGUCAACUUCCCAAUCAAUGCCCCUCAACAACAUUACAGAGGAGCUGGUUAAUUCGAGGGAAGUGAAGGUGUUAGUUGACUUGGCCCUGAUCUCAGCAGAAGGCCAGGGAGACAUGGAGGAACAGAAAGUUGCAUGCCUGCAUACAGCUGUCACCGGAUACUCGCCUCUCAUUUAUGACUUGAAAGAAGAAAUGGGGUUCAAGGAGUUUUAUCCUGUCUGCAUGAAUGUCUGGAAAGUUCUACGAGCUGAUCCUAAUUUGCCAAAAAAAUUUCUCGACACUGCCAAUGACUUGGAAUGGCUUGCAAAGAUCAAGGAAUCACACGGAUCAGUUGAGAUCAGCGCUCUUGAAUCUGCCUCCAUCAUCAACCACAAAGGAGUUUACACAGUGGGCAACAUUAAUAGUGAUGAUGAUUUGCAAUUGGAUGUUGAAAAUGUCAUUGAAUUAUCAUAUUAUGUCGAAAGAAACAAAAUGGAUGAGAAAAACAUCCAUAAGAAGUUUGACAUGAAACAGUUGUGUGACUUGCAGAGCAAAUUGAUGCUGGUGGCUGGCAAAGCCCAGGAAAAAAAGGACACCGUUCACAAUUUCGUUCGGGCAUUUGAUGGUGUCAUGAGGUUAGCGAAUGUUUAUAUUGAUCUGUUGAGAGCUGGCUGCAGUCUAUUUAAAAAUUGGAAAAUUAUUUUCUUCUGCGAUCCUUCCAUUGAAGAAAAUGUUAUUAUUGAGUUUGGGAAAGACGAGAACGAACUUAACUUCCUGAAAAACUUGAGGAGUCCUGGCUCAAAUGAGAAGGUCCUCGACAAGAUUGAAGAGGUCUCCGAUUUAAUGGACACAUUUUUGAAAGAUUGGCUCAGCUACAUAGAAAAUAAACGAGAUAAAUGCCAUUAUUUAAAUUAUUACACGACCAAACAGUUGGUGAUUUUGCAACGAGAGCUUGCCGUCAUUUGGAAAUGUUUCAUGAACGAAGAAAAAUUUGUAAAGCAGAAAAAGGAUCAACCACCAGAUAACUGCUGCCAUCUUUUGAGUUUGCUCAAAAUUGACUGUGGAACAGCUGACGUUAAUUAUGCUGUUAUAGUUUCCAAUAAAAAUAAGCCCGAAGAUGAAGCCAACCUGUCCACACAGGAACACAGUGAAGAUGGCAACCGUUCGGAUGAACGGACUGAAGAGGUUGGAAGCGAGGAGAACAGUGGAGAUGAAAGUGAAGAUGAUGCUGGCGAAAAUGACAAAAAGGAUAAUGAUGAUGAUAAUAAUGUGGCAAAAGAAAGAAAGAAAGUUUUCAUUGAAAAGAUGACAUGUUUAGGAUUUCCAUUGGAAUUAAUCAAUGAAGCCGUGAAGCAUGUAGGUUACGAAGACAGCAAUCAAGGACUGUUUUGGCUGGCAGAUUAUAAAAACCGAUAUGAUUGUGAGACUGGAGUGAUGAAAGACAGUGUAACAAAUGAUAAACGAGGUCCCGGCGAAAAUUCAAACUCAACGAAAAAAUCUUCUGAUCCAAACAUUGAUUUGAAAGGCGCAAAUAGUUCUGACAACGAAAAAAAAGAUGAAGACAACAACAAAGUGAUGAAUUCGAAAGGUGAUGGUGCUAAUUCAGAAAAGAACAAGAUGCAGACAACUAGCGUCAAAUCAUUUAUGAGUGAUUUCUUCAGGAACCCAUCUUUAAGCAGCCAACUGGAGAAAAAUUUCAAAUCAUUGUGGGAGAUAUUUUUAAAAGCAAUUGAUAGCAGUUAUUCUGAUCACCUGAGCAUUCAACAACUUGGUGCCGUUCUGGCGGAAAUUGCCAAAAUUGGCAUUGAUUCAAGUGAGAUGAAGAGGCCAUGUCCCAGAGAGUUGAAGGUGGGUCUGCCUAACUUGAUAGUGUGCGAUGAAGGUAACAUUUUAUGA